CGACUCGAGCCCGCCCGAACCCAGACCAACACCCACAGUCCAAAAGCUCCAGAGCGACGGGAACCCACCACCACUCUCUCGCCCGAACCACGCGCCGCACCGAGCCCGCACCCGCACAGCCCAUCGGCGACCUCGCCGGAGCGGAGAAGAGAGAAGAAGGUGAGUGAUGGAAGAGGCGGCGGCGGCGGCCGGCGUGCAGCUGGGCACCUCGAAGCCGCAGAUCGCGACCCAGGCGGAGAUGGCGGAGGCGCGCCUGCCGAUCCCCUACCGCGACCAGUGCGCGCACCUCCUCAUCCCGCUCAACAAGUGCCGCGUCGCCGAGUUCUACCUCCCCUGGAAGUGCGAGCCCGAGCGCCACUCCUACGAGAAGUGCCAGUACGAGCUCGUCAUGGAGCGGAUGCUCCAGAUGCAGAAGAUCCGCGAGGCGCAGGCGGGCGCCAAGGUCAAGGGCAGCGUCACCAUCGGCGUGCCCCUCGCCCCCUCCACCGCCAAGCUCGCCUGAUCCGUCAGAUUCAGGAGCUCGAAGGGCGCUGUGCUCGCAAGGAUCAUGAAUGUUGUUCUUGUAUGAACGAAACAUCUGUUUGAAUUCGGCAUAAAGUUAACUCUUUCUUUCUUGGUCUUGUUCCCCUCCGCCUUCCCUCCUUUGGUUCAAGUUUAAGUUUGAUGGAAUAAGGAACCAGCUGUCUUCCUAUACUCGACGAGUGAAAUGGCAAGCUUGAAGUUUUGAAUGCAGUGCAUGGCCUCUGCUUUUGCAUCUGCCUUGAUGUAGUAGGAGCCUAUUUUACAACAUGAAUAUCUCUCCUUACAAUCUGCUGCUAUAUUAACCUUGUGAGAUUACUGGUUA